AUGUCUGAAUUUUCUAUUGCUGGGAAAAGUCUUAAACUGGACACCGCUGAUGAUGUCCAGACUUUUGUGGAUCAAAUUAACAACACUAAGAACCUCAAGAAGAUUGUCAUUAAGGGCAACACUAUUGGUGUUGAUGCUUCCAAAGCUUUGGCCAAGGCCCUUGAAAACCAGGAUGAACUUGAAUACGCAGACUUCUCUGAUAUCUACACUGGUCGUCUUCGCGAGGAAAUUCCUGACUCUUUGGACUACCUGUUAACAGCCCUUUUGAGUUGCAAGAGCCUCCACACUGUCGAUCUUUCUGACAAUGCUUUCGGUAUUAUGACCAUUGAGCCUCUCGAAAAGUUUCUUUCUCAGCACACUCCUUUGGAACACCUUAUUCUUGCUAACAAUGGUCUUGGUCCUGCUGCUGGUACCAGAGUUGCUAACGCUCUUGAGCAGCUGGCCCAGGCCAAGAAGGAGUCCAAUGUCAACAAGAAGCUCGUCACUGUUAUUUGUGGAAGAAACCGCUUGGAAAAUGGAUCAAUGGAGGCUUGGUCCAAGUUCCUUGCCGCUCACGGAAGCAUCAAGGAAAUUAGACUCCCCCAGAACGGAAUUAGACAGGAGGGCAUUGAGCACCUUCUUCUGAAUGGUCUUUCCCAGUCUCCUGAGCUGGAGAGACUUGACCUUCAGGACAAUACCUUUACCAUCCAGGGUGCUAAGGCUCUUUCUGAGACCCUUCCCAAGUGGACCAAGAUUCGUGAUAUUGGAAUUUCUGACUGCUUGCUUUCUGCUCGUGGCGGUGAGCUUCUUGCUGAUGCUCUUAUUACUGCUGGUGUGCUGGAGGAUCUGGAGCACCUCCGUCUCCAGUACAAUGAGAUUGAGGCUGACGGUGUUUCUAAGCUUACAGAGGCCAUCAAGACCAGCGUUCCUAAUCUCAAGAUUCUUGAGCUUAAUGGCAACAAGUUCCCCGAAGACCACGAAAUUGUUGACGAAAUUAAUGCACUGUUUGAGGAAAGAGGCUUUGGUGAACUGGACGAGCUGGACGACAUGGAGCUUGACAGCGAUGAGGAGGAAGAAGAAGAUGAAGAAGAAGAGGAAGAGGAAGAGAGAGAGGAUCUUGCUGCUUCUGUUAUUAGAGACGACACUGAAGCCGAGGACUCUGAGGUUGCUCAAGAAAAGAGCGCUUCUGUAGAUGAUCUGGCUAAGAAACUUUCCAAAACUGGCCUUUAA